UCGCUCCGAAAUCGUUCCAGGAAUCUCAAGAUGGCGAUCUGCCGUGACGGGUAACAGAAGCGGUGCCGUGUGCGUUGUCGUCGUGUGCUUAGCUCCGCAGCCACUUGCCCAAGGAAACAGCAAAACGGUUCAUUUUCCCACCCGGCCGCCCUAGUGCGUGGGCCCCAGAGUGCAGAGUCCAGCGGUUCACGAAGCGGUGUGUUUCCACUAGCAAAAGCGUUUUCCGUCGCUAAAACGCACAGUGCACGCGACAGACAACGAAUCUCUUCCAAUCAACCUCGAUAGAGAGAGAGAGAGAGAGCGAGAGAGAGAGAGAGAGAGAGCGAGUGAGACUCAGCCCGUGAGAAGGGGCUAGAGAUUGAGAAACAAACAGAACAAAAAAAAGACACGAGAAAGAAACGGAAAACUGGGAAAGAAUAAGAAGCACCCGUCCCGUGGAGCCCCGUUUGGAUCGUUCAAGUCGUCAAGCAAGGGAUUGUAAACGCGUGCCCGCAGCAGCAGCAGCAGCAGCCCCAUUUGCGCGGUGUCCUGUCAAAACGACUGAAAACAUACCUAAGUACACACACCCAGUCACAGCACACUCUCAAUCACGUCCCAAAACCAGCGUGUGUGUGCGUGUGUGUGGUGUUGUGGGUGUCCCGGGAGGAGGGAGGCGCGUGCGCACACCAAACCCUGCCGCCGUGCUCCCCGUCGUUCGUGUGGCGGUGUUGUCCUCCGAAAAGAGAGAAGCGACACACACACGGGUGUGUAGGUGCGUGUGUGUGUGUGUGUGUGGUCCCGGUUUUUCACAAUCAAACAGCAAGGCAAACCCUGUCCGCGAUCAAUCAAAGAGCCACACAGCCAUCGGCGGUGCCAGUCGCGAUCAACAACACACAGGACGACCGCGUUCCCGAAAAGGAGCCCACACCCCUCCACUCGCACUCAUCCACCCACCCCCAACCCCCAAGUUUGCAGCUAUCUGUGCGUGUGUACGUGUGUGUGAGUAGUGUGUACGUGUGACAAGCACAGGAUGUGUUAGGCUUGGAAUUGGUGCGUUGUUUGCCGCUUCAGUGUCCGUCAUUACAGUGAUUGUGUGAUUAAGUGCUUGUGUGUGUGUGUGUGUGACGAUGAUCACACGGGAAGUGGCGGUGGAAGUGGUUGCUCGGUAAAGCAAAAAAAAAUCCCCAAAAAAAAGAAAGAAGAAGCGAAACGGUGGUGUGUGUCCGCUGGGCGGCGGAUUCUCCGUCGUGGGGUCAGUGUGUGCGUUGCGCGUGUGAAGAAAAGGUGGUGGGAGCGUUUUUUUGCCACAGCAUCAUGGCACCGGUGUCGCCGUGUGCAGCAGCGGCAGCAACAUCCACACCAUCGCGACCAUACCGUUACUGUGGCUGGGCCCGUGCCGCUACCAGUGUUGCUGCUGUCUCGCUGCCGUGCCGCAGCAGUAAGACCUUGCGCCCGUCCUGUUGUUGAGCGGUGCUGAUCUGCCACCCACACCCACCUCACUCCCACGAAAUUUCGCCCUCCCACCUCACCCCACCCCUUGGCUGGGUGGCGGCUGCUCCACGGGAGUGUGUGUGUGCGUGCGUGUGCGUGAGUUUAGUGAGUGUGAGCAGGAGGGAGAGAAAGAGAGAGAGAGAGAGAGAGAGUGUGUGAAAGCAUCAAUCAAACAUUCGGUGAGACGCCGUCCGAAAAGAAACCAUUCUUUGAGUAGACACACACGCACCUACAAGGACUAAUUUUGUGUGUGUGUGUGUGACCCCAGAGCGGAAGAUCACAUACCCUGUGACGUGGUGUGGUCCCGGUCGAGUGAUCCAUCCCGGGAAAGCGAAAAGCAAGAGCCGGGCGGGCAACAGGACGACGACGAGCCACAGUAGUUACCCGUGAACGCCGCGUGCGCGUGUGUGCUCGAACCGCCCCGCCCCUGGAACACGAAAUAUGGAGCGGUUUCUGUCGCUGCUACUGCUGUGCUACGCUCUGUACCAGAAGUUCGAUGGCGUCGUCAGCGAUCAGGUGGUAUUGCUGGACACUACGAAGGAGGCGACGCUGGAGUGGACCCGCUACCCUUACGGACCGCAGGCACAAACGCCCGGGUGGGUGGAAGAGUCGUUUACCAACUUCGUGAAGGGUAUCAACUGGCGCAGCUACGUGGUGUGCGACGUGGCGUACAACAACGUGAACAACUGGCUGUGGUCGCCGUUCAUCGACCGCGGCCCGGCCAACCGGCUGUACAUCGAGAUCCACUUCACCAUCCGCGACUGCUCGCUCUUUCCCGGCAACGCGCUGUCGUGCAAGGAAACGUUCAGCCUGCUGUUCUACGAGUUCGAUGCGGCGACGCGCGAACCGCCGCCCUGGCAGCCGGAAAGCUACAAGCUGAUCGGGCGGAUCGCGGCGGGCGAGGGCCGCUUCAACCAGAACUCGGACGUGGACAUCAACGUGGAGGUGAAGAGCAUCGCGGUGACGAAGAAGGGCGUGUACUUUGCGUUCCGCGACCAGGGCGCCUGCAUCAGCGUGCUGGCGGUGAAGGUGUACUACAUCACCUGCCCGGCGGUGACGGUCAACUUUGCGCACUUCAACGAGACGCCGACCGGGCGCGAGGUGACGAUCAUCGAGCAGCAGAUGGGCGUGUGCGUGGAGAACGCGGAAGCGUACGAAACGCCGACCUACCUGUGCAAGGGCGACGGCAAGUGGACGAUCCUGACCGGCGGGUGCCGGUGCAAGGUCGGGUACGAGCCGGACGCGGAGAAGCAGACGUGCAACGUCUGCCCGGUCGGCAAGUUCCGGUCGGCGGAGGUGCGCACCUGCACGAUCUGCCCGCUCAACUCGAAGACGAACAAGGUCGGGUCGCCGUACUGUCCGUGCCUGAGCGGGCACUAUCGGCAUCCGCGCGACGGCAAGCACAUGCCGUGCUACAAGCCGCCCGGCCCGCCCACCAACCUGACGCUGCUGUUCAUCGACCAGACGAGCGCGAUCCUGUCGUGGAACGCGCCGCAGCGGGCCGCCGACGAGCAGCUGGACAGCAAGUUCCGGAGCGACAUCGUGUUCCGGGUGCGGUGCGCCGCCUGCACGUCCAACGUCGUCUUCAACCCGUCGAGCGAAACGUUCAACGAUACGAAGCUGACGCUCACCAACCUGGAACCAGUCACGACCUACACGGUGCAGGUGCACUCGCAGCACGGCGUCUCCUACCCGAUCGUCGCCCCGGACCUGGGGGCGGGCGGCGGUUUGCACGGCGGUGGUGCGGGUGGCGCCGCCGGACUGUACGAGAACGGCAGUGCGGUGGUGGCGGGCGGCGGCAGCGGGUAUCAUGCGACCGAGCCGCCGAUGGUGGUGAUGGUCAAUGCACGGGCCGGCGGGCCCGGCUCGUCGUCCGAUCUGGACGACAUCAAGACGGAGUUUGCCGAAAUCACGUUCACCACCGAGUCGGCCAUCCUGAGCACGGUGUUUAACGUCAAAGUGGUGCAGAUCACGAACAAGGAGGUCGACCUGGUGUGGGACAAGCCGAUCCACAGCGACUCGCCGAUCGAGUACUACGAGGUGCGGUGGUUCCCCAAGUCGGAGGUGGACGCGAUGAACAAGUCCGUGCUGAGCACCAAGGAGUCGAAGGUGCACAUCGGCGACCUGCUGGAAAACACCGAGUACGGGUUCCAGGUCCGGUGCAAAACGCUCAACGGCUGGGGCACGUUCAGCAACAUCGUCUACGCCCAGACGCACCAGAGCGUCAGUCCGGUGUACGAUGACUCGUUCCAGAUGCGUAUCGUAGCGGGCACUACUGUGACCGUCGUGUUCAUUUUGGUGUUGGUGAUCGUUAUAACGGUCGUGUUCCUGCGCUCGAAGAAUCACGACGAGAUAGACAAGAAAACGAACAACCAUCUGCCCUUGCCGAUGGAUUACGCGAGCAACGAAGUUCACGCAAUGGACACGACCCCGAUAGUCAAAACGAUGAAGAGCAAUGGUGGCUCAUACGGGUAUUACCGUCAACGUCGUAAUAAUUUUGCAGUGACCACGCCGCUGUUCGGUACCAGCCGGAGCUACGUCGAUCCGCACACGUACGAGGACCCGAACCAGGCGAUACGCGAGUUUGCCCGCGAGAUAGACGCGAGCUACAUCACGAUCGAGGCCAUCAUCGGUGGCGGCGAGUUUGGGGACGUGUGCCGCGGCCGGCUGAAGGUGCCGCCGAACUUUGUGCAGGAGAUAGACGUCGCGAUCAAGACGCUCAAGCCGGGCUCGUCGGAGAAGGCGCGCUGCGACUUCCUGACCGAGGCGUCCAUCAUGGGCCAGUUCGAGCACCCGAACGUGAUCUUCCUGCAGGGCGUGGUGACGCGCUCGAACCCGGUGAUGAUCAUCACCGAGUACAUGGAGAACGGCAGCCUGGACACGUUUCUGCGCGCGAACGACGGCAAGUUCCAGACGAUACAGCUGAUCGGCAUGCUGCGCGGCAUCGCGGCCGGCAUGACCUACCUGAGCGACAUGAACUACGUGCACCGGGAUCUGGCGGCGCGGAACGUGCUGGUCAACUCGCUGCUGGUGUGCAAGAUCGCCGACUUCGGGCUGUCGCGCGAGAUCGAAAACGCGAGCGACGCGUACACGACACGGGGUGGCAAGAUACCGGUGCGCUGGACGGCGCCAGAAGCGAUCGCGUUCCGCAAGUUCACCUCCGCGUCGGACGUGUGGUCGUACGGCGUGGUACUGUGGGAGGUGAUGUCGUUCGGCGAGCGACCGUACUGGAACUGGUCGAACCAGGACGUGAUCAAGAGCAUCGAGAAGGGGUACCGGUUGCCGGCCCCGAUGGACUGCCCAGAGGCGCUCUACCAGCUGAUGCUCGACUGCUGGCAGAAGCAGCGGACGCACCGGCCCACCUUCGCCAGCAUCACGCAGACGCUCGAUAAUCUCGCGCGGCAGCCGCAGGUCCUGCUGACGACGCGCAACUCGCCGGACAACCCGGUCGCCCGCAUGGGCACGGCGGCCGGCGGCGUCGGCGACGAUCUCACGCAGGAAAUGCUGGCGGCGGCGGCGGCGGCAGCUGCCGCAGCAGCAGCAGCGGCCGCCGGUAGCGGCGGUAUGGUCGGCGUGAUGGGUGGCAGCUCCCAGCAGCAGCAGCAGCUACAGCAGCAGCAACAGCAGCAGCAGCGAGCCGCCACACUGAUGAUGGGUGGCGGCAGUGGCACCAGCGAGCGCGUGCUCAACACCGGCAGCAGCAUGACGAACGUGCCCGGCUCGAUGGGCACGCUCGGCUCGACGGUGGGCGGGCUGAGCAACACCGGCACGAUGUCCGGGCCCGGCAAUCCGGGCAUCUUCAUCAGCACCGACCUGUGGCUGGAGGGCAUCAAGAUGUCGCGCUACUCGCAACACUUUAAGGAGGCAGGUCUCGUCACGGCCCAGCAGCUUUCGCGGCUAACGGCUCAGCAGCUCAGCGACAUGGGCAUCACGCUGGUCGGGCACCAGAAGAAAAUACUCCACCAGGCCCGGCAGAUCGAUACCAUCAUCUAAAGGCGCGCAUCCAGCAAACCGUUACACACCACCACACACAAACACACACACACAAACACAGUUCCAGACCGAUCAUUCCGUGCCCGCGCGCGCACACACACACACACAGAACCCAACGGGGGAAGAGCAAACCGCAGUAAAGCGGGCGACGGGACGGAGCACCACGUUCACAGGGACUCAAGCACACUCAUAGGACGUUGUUAAAAUAGGGUCGCUGCAAGCAAGUGCACAGCGCGCAUGGAAUCCAUUUUCUAUCAAAGCGAUGUUAAUUUUUGCAAAUUCCAUGAACUCUUUAGUGGAGCUGCUCUAUGCUGUUUUAUGCUUUUAUUUUAUGCGAAGCUCGAAUUUUAGCGUUACCUUAUUGUGUGGUCGGAUACCCAAAGGUUCUACUCAUGGAUGUCUGUAGCAUUUGUAUUUUUUGAGUAAUAUUUUUGCUUCUUCAUAUUGAUUGAAGUUCUUAAAUUUGUAUUACGAAAAUUAAUUGCCGUUUAUUUAAUCAAAGUGUAAAUGUUAAACGUAUUAUGAAGUUGAAAAAAAUUCUGCGUAUCCAUGACAGUACCAUUAAAAAAAGAAGAAAAAAAAAUCAUUUUAUUCAUGAUCCAAAUCAACCUUCCAAUACAGGGUUUUCCAUGAGUUCUAAUAGUUGUGGGACACUUCCUAGACUCUUUCUUAUAGGAAGUGAACUUCAUAUGAUGGAAAUUGGACUAUAUGGCACCCUGUUUGAAAUUCCUAUUGGAUUUGUCGGACAAGGGUGCUAUAGAUUCCACUUCACCUUAGAUUAAGUUCAUUUCAAGUAAGAAGGAGCCAACAAAGUAUCCCACAGCUAUGAGAACCCCUGGAAAAGCCUGUAAGUACAUUAAGUAGAGAAACAUCAACACGGCAGCAGCCGCCAGCAGAGCAAUCAGGGAAGUAGGUGUAGGUAACAUCGUUUUGAUAAGAAGAUUCGAUUGUCAUCCGCCAGGGGAACGCGCAAUUUUGGCGCGAACGAAUACUCACAUCAUCCAACGACACGAAUACUCACAAACCUCAGCUCUCAGCAGGAUCGGCGACCCAAACAAGGCGCCCAUCCUGUUUCUAGCCAUAUAUAUAAAUGUGUAUAAAAUAAGAACGACGACUGCGAGCCAGCGAUCGUGGUGUGAUUGUGCCCUACUUAACCCCCCCCCUCCCUCCGCGCCCGCAGCCUACUUCAAAAUGCGGGCGGCAAAGUGGUGGUGCGUGUGUGCGGGCGGCUUAGUUUUGUUUUCCAUUUUAAUGUUUUAUCUUACACGGGAUUGUUUCUUUUUCUCUGUCCACUCCGUUACAAACGGCCGCCAGGGCCAACCGCAUUUAUAGUUACGGAAAAAUAGCUACGCCGAGCCCCGACAAGCGUAUUUCGCAUUUAAUAUGAAACAUAAAGAAGAAGGAGAAGAAGAAGAAAAACAAAAAAAAAAACUGAUAGACAAGUGAGAGUCGUAGCAGGUAGCAUCCCUCGACCGCUCGAUGCACAGGCCCGAUGGGGGAGGACGUUUAAGUUUUUUUUUUUUAACACAAAGCGAAAAGGCUGCUGCUGUCCUUUGUCUUGUUCUGUGUUCUUUCGUUUUUCUUUCUUUUUUUUCUCUUUGUUUUAGUUUUUGUUCAAACUAGUACGUGCUCUCAGUGAACUUGUGUUACUUAAGCGUUGGCAUUUUUUUAUUUUAAAUUAUACCUACUUAUACAUAUAUAUAUAUAUAUAUACAUAUACAUACACAUAUACAUAUUAGCUGGUAUUCGAAGUCCUUUUGCAAUAGCAAAAAAACAAACAAACAAACAAAAACCCAUUGCGGACAGAGACUGACUUCACUGACUGAGGGGAAGGUGUAGAAGAAGACGAUGGAACGAUGGGGAAGCGUGUGUACUAUAUUUUUUAGUAGUGGAGUGGAAUAACAGGCUGGAAACGAAGAAGGGAAGGGAAAGAAGUUGUGCGAGAGAGUAGUUUUAGCCUGCGAGGUGGGGUGCAACCGGUGAGAGCAGAUAUGAACAGUAACAGUAUGACAACGUGGACGUGUGUGACUGGAGGAAGGAAGGAGUAGAGGGAAGCCAUGUUAUCAGAGAGAGAGAGAGAGAGAGAGAGGGAGAGAAUGAUAGAGAGAGAAAGAGAGCGAGAGGGGAAGGUGGUUACAUCAACAAUGUGAUUUUUAUACUCUGUAGUAAUUAGGUAGUCGGCUUUUAAUUUCAGAAUAUUAUUUUUUGUUUUUUAUUUUAAAUGUUAGUUUCGUAAGCGCCCGCCGAACAACAAACAAGCAAAACAAGAAGAACAGAAUGGUGUGUCGCCUCUCACACCCCACCCCCUGUGCGCUUUCGGGUGGUCUCGGGAGCGCUACAUCAGUGACCAGUGAUUGCCAGGGUUGUCGCCCAGGACCCACACCCCGUGUUUGUUUUGUUUUCUUUGCUCACACGCUCACAAUGCUGUGUCGAUGAGGUUUCUGGCGCGUUUGAACAGCGCCCGACAUCUUGGAGAGGGGAGAAAAAUGAAAUUUGGGGGAAAAAACAACCAAUCCCGCACAGGGGGCGAUGGGAGCGCCUUCCCAUUUGCGCAUUUUCGUUGUGUAUAGAAGCAUAUGUGCAUGUAUUUUAACACCCCUUUUUUAAACUGUAUUUUUUAUACGCAUUUUAAAUAUAAAUAUAUGUAAUUCCAGGCAAAGAAAUGCUGCCACUGCGCGAGAAUAGGGGGAAGGGACGCAUCUCGAUUACACACAUUCAAACAAUCUGUUUUACACCGAAUCAGUGAGAAACACGAUCAUCUAGGCGGAUGGGGUUAAGGGUAGGAGUAAAGUGGGUAAAGUGGGUGGUUUUUGCUACACGCGAGACGUUGCUUGUGGGGUUUCUUGUCGUGUAAGGAAUAGCUUAAUUGUUCAUUUGUGGACCCCCCACGCCUCUGUGGGAGCGAGAAAGAGAGGAUUCCAAACGGGAGGACAAACUGUUACCUUCCGAACAGUUGCUCGUUUGGUACCACCGACCCCUCCAUUCCCCCCACCUCUUUCGCAAUCCAAUUCAGUGAUUAUGCCCAACAAUCGUAGCGUACGCAACACAUAUCUCCGGAAGUUAAAUGGUCCGCAUUGGUUUAUAUGUUUGUUCGUUUCGGUUCGGGAGGAGCAAAGAAACACAGCAAAACUGAGAGGAAGAGGGGAUGGCGGGCGUGUCGAACGAUGCUGCGAAUUUCGGUACAGGAAAUAUUUAAUUUAAAAAGACCCGCCGAGGAGGGAAAUCACGGUCAGAGGCAGUAGACGUGCGUAGGAAAAAGAAGAAGAAAAUCACACAACAAACACACAGGUGAAACAAAAGGAAGAAGAAAAAAAGACACUCACACAUACACGCAUUUAAUGGUAAAACGAACGAACUGCGCAAUAGUGUAAAAUAACAAUCAUAAUAGUGGUUUCGUUAAUGACGUCAGAUAAGAUUGAAUAUUAAUAUAAAGGAUAGCAAAAAAACGAGUAAAGGCAGAAGAGAGAGACAGACACAGAGACGGCACAGAUUUGGACCUAUAUAUAUAUCCCCCGGAUGCUGGUAGCGUUGGGAAACGGGCCAAGCAAGCGAAACAAAUAAACAACAACCCAAACAAAAAACAAAUAUAUACCGAACACAUAAACACAGACAAACUACAGCAAAAACGAAUAGCCUGUAAAUAAGGAAUAGUAAUACAAGAACGAGAAGAACAACAAAACAAAACAAUGAAUCUGUAUUUGAAUUAGUCGUUAAACAUGACAGCAAAAAUAAACAAAAUCAGAGCAUAAGAAAGAUAAA